AGCCGAAACACCCACUCGACAACACUAUAUCUAAGCUGAUAACUUUAAAUAAUCACUAUAUUUAGCUAUUGUUAAACAUGAUAAAUGAUUUCACGACAGUUUGGUAAGAGAAUUACUUUAUGAAAGGAUCGAAUAAGGACAUUUAAUUUACGUUUGUGUACAUCAAGCCUAUAGUUUCCAUCAUUUUACAACGUGUAUAAAAUGGUAUAUGAUGAUAAAAUUAAAUGUGUUGUGGUUGGUGAUGAUUGGGUUGGGAAAACCAGUAUGUUAUUGGGCUAUGCUACAAACAGAUAUCCAACUAAACAUGUACCUCCAGCCUUCGAUAACUAUGCAGGAAGUUUGAAAAUAGGUGGACGAAAAAUAAAUUUGAAUAUUAUGGAUACUUUGCAGCAGGAAUGCUGUUCGGAAUUACGUCAUAAAAGCCUCGUGGACACUGAUAUUUUUCUUGUAUGCUUUUCGGUGGUACAACCGGAAUCGUUGACCCACGUCAGACAGCAUUGGUUACCACACAUAAAAAAGAUGGCGCCUUCCAUACCGUUCAUUUUAGUGGGGACAAUGGCGGAUUUACGUCAGGCAGACGUGGUUUUAAACGAUCUCAGUGAAAGUGGACAAAAGGUGAUAAGUCAGCAGGAUGGUGAAGAAAUGGCACAAGCAUUAGGUGCUUCGUGUUACGUUGAGUGUUCGCCGGAUGUGGAGAAGAACGUUCGCCGUCUUUUAAAUAAUGCAUUAACAUCUGUGAUACGAAACAACACACCCAGUAACCAGUGCACGAUAUUGUAGAAACCCAAACUCCGUUAACAUUUUGAAAAGAAUGGUUUGCGCAUACCUGGCUUUUACUGGAAUGUCUUUAGAAUAGAACAAUUACAUUUCAGUAAUUUUCAAACCAAGAUUCAGAAUACUGAACCAGCACUUUUGUCAAAUCAAACAAAGACUGAAUAAUUAUGUAAUGUCUUUUCAACCCCGUGAAACAACGAUCAGUUACAAUAGUGACACCUGGUGACAAUAGAUACAUAUGACAAUAUGAAACACCAUUCAAGUAUGAGAUCGAAACCACGCCACGCGCUCAAUGACAGACCCUAAGAUGUGAAGCGUACACGUAAGACCACGCAAUCAUCCAGUCCGACGUAGUUACCAAAGAAUGUUAAUAAUGUAUAUAUUUGUACAUAGACUUGUAGAUAUGGACUACAUGGUCUUAUAAUGGGUGGGAUGAAAUACCAGUAUUGACUUUUAGGGAUUUGAUGACACCAAUUGACCGGUCAACAUGGCAUAAGGAUAUUAUUAAAGAUAUUGCAAUUUGUUUAUUAUUUACAAUUAUUUGAUUUUAUAUUUUUUAUUAAAAUUUUAUCUAUUAAAAUUUAUCUAUUAAAAUUUAUUUAUUAAAAUGUAUUUAUUAAAAUGUAUUUAUUAAAAUUCAUUUAUUAAAAUGUAUUUAUUAACAUUUA